CGUUCUCUGUGCAUAGGUAUCAUCAUAAGCGUGUUUUCCAAUUUAUUUGCUUUAUUUCAGACAAUUCUAAUACUACUGUGCUGCUCAUAUUACGGCUAUGCAGCUCAUCACGUCCAGACCAUACCUAUAGAGCACUAUGAGACAGAAUUACAAGAUCUUGGCCAACACGUGGAUGUACCAGAGACACCUGUCCGAGUGGUAAAAAUUACGAAGACUGUUGCUGUCAAGAUACCAGUGCCUUACCCGGUGAAGGUGAUCGAGAAAGUACCGUAUCCAGUGCAUAUAAACAAGCCUUACCCAGUGCAAGUUCCACAGAUUGUCAAAAUUCCGCACGUCAAGUCCCCGCCUAAACUACACGAGCAUGAAGCUCUGGGAAGUCAAGAUGGCUCGUUGAAAAUCCACCGCGCGAGCGGCCAACACGACUCGUACCAGGUACAAGAGAUACAAUCAGACGCACCUGUGCACAGCGACUCGUACGAACCUGAAGAACAGUCAUACAAUGGUUACAAUGGUGGCCAUAGCCAGGGUGUAGGGCCACACAAUGAAUACUCCUCUGAGGGCUCCUCGGGCAAUUCCUAUGAAGGUCCCUCUCACGGUUACUACGGAAGCGCUGGCGGAGAUGAUGCAGACACCAAAAGUUAUGACGAAGCUAUACAAGACUACCUCCAUAAAAUUAACGCCGGUGGGAAUAACCAUGGCGCCAGCUCCUAUAACUAUCAUUAAUUGUUUAUUUUAAAUGUCUGUGAGUACCUGAAUGUAUUGUUUAUAUAAAACUUGUAGUUUUCUGUACAAACAUAAUUGUGUUACAUGAGUGUGAUUUGUAUGAUCAGUGUGUAAUGUGAGCAGCACUAGAAUAAUUAUUAAGGUUGUUUUUGUUACAUUGUUGUUAGAUGUGUACAAUGUUAUAUUAUAAUAAAUUAUAUAAAAAAUCA